CGUUUGGGGUUUUGGGAUUCGAAAUCCCGAAGCAUCGACGAGGAGAGAAGCUCUCCAAUGGCGGAGGCUGUGGCGCCGGAGAUGAGAUGGCGAGACGUCAACAAGCUUCUUGCUCGGCCGGGUAACAUCGUCGCCCCUACCUUCGAGCACAGCCCCCAGUUGAGGGAUGAUCUGGGGAAGUAUGUGAAGGUGCUGGUCGUGGGUGCGGGAGGGCUUGGCUGCGAGCUGCUCAAGGACCUCGCCCUCAUGGGGUUUCAGAAUAUCGAUGUCAUUGAUAUGGAUACCAUUGAGGUUUCCAACCUCAACCGUCAGUUCCUCUUCAGGCUUCAGGAUGUUGGCAAGUCCAAGGCUGAGGUAGCUGCAAAACGUGUAAUGCAAAGAGUUAGUGGGGUAACUAUUGUUCCUCAUUUCUGCAGGAUUGAGGAUAAAGACAUAAAGUUCUACAACAACUUUCAGAUAAUUGUUCUUGGUCUUGAUUCUAUAGAGGCUCGUAGUUACAUAAAUUCCGUGGCUUGUAGUUUCCUCGAAUACGACGAGAAUGACAACCCCUUAGAAGAAACAGUCAAACCCAUGGUAGAUGGUGGAACUGAAGGAUUCAAGGGUCAUGCUAGAGUAAUUAUGCCUGGAACGACGCCAUGCUUUGAGUGCAACAUUUGGCUUUUCCCCCCACAAGUCAAGUUUCCUUUAUGCACUCUUGCAGAAACUCCUAGGACCGCUGCCCAUUGUAUUGAAUAUGCACAUUUAAUCAGAUGGGAUGAGGUACACAGUGGGAAAACAUUUGAUGCAGAUAAUCCAGAGCAUAUGCAGUGGGUUUACUCUGAGGCUGUGAAGAGAGCUGAUCUCUUUGGGAUUACAGGAGUUACAUACUCACUGACACAGGGAGUUGUCAAGAAUAUUAUUCCAGCUAUUGCUUCUACAAAUGCAAUUAUAUCUGCUGCCUGUGCUUUGGAAGUAUUCAAGCUUGUAUCUGGAUGCAGCAAAACAUUAUCCAAUUAUCUCACGUUUAAUGGUCUGGAUGGAAUUCACAUCAAAGCUACUGAUUUCGUGAGAGAGAAGGAUUGCCUUGUAUGUGGACCUGGUACUCUGAUUGAGCUGGAUACUUCAGUUACUCUCCAACAGUUCAUUGAGUCACUUGCAGAGCAUCCAAAGCUGCUUAUAUCUAAACCCAGCGUGACGUAUCGAGGAAAUAAUCUUUACAUGCAGGCUCCCCCGAUACUGGAGGAGAUGACAAGGGCAAAUCUUAAUCUCCCCCUUUUCGAUCUUAUGGAUAAGGUUCCUAAGGGUACAGUCCAUGUGAGUGGUACUACCAACAAGGAGGGCAAAAAAACUUCGUGCCUGAGGAAACUGUGUGUUGUCUUUAAAGGGGUUGAUGGGAUAGUAGACAUGGAAGUGGCAGGUGCUUCAUGAGUUCUGAUACCUUUUGUUAUUGCUGAAAACUGAACUGUUAUAUUUCACGAAAUCCGGAUUCCAAGAGGCAGAGUUAUGCUUUCAGGCAUUUUUUCGGUUGAAGUUUUGGCUUGUGUAGCUCUGAACUUUCUGACCAUUUUCACUAGGCAUUAUUACGCAUUCAACAUGCUUUUCUGAAGAUUAGGGAAUGUUCAGAUUAGGUUGUGUACCUGGUUUUUCCAUUUUCCAGCAAAUGAGCCCAAUAGUUCGUAUCACGCACAGCAUUUUUUUUCCCCAUGUGAUGAAAUCCAAGUGUAUUUGCACGCUAGCUUACAAUAUUCUGCAGUUUAUAUAUUUCAAAAUCACACAGUAAAGAACAAUAUUUUAGACUGCUCA